GUAACCCCUCGUGGUCGUUUGUAUCUUUUUGUUCAUAUAUUAUUCACUUACCCCAAAAAAAAAUUGAUAAGCAAUUUUGAUUUGGACAUGUCAACGCUCUGUUAGUUGGAAAAGUUCAAACUUUCUUGGCCUUCAAGAUAAGUUGUAUGUCCCUUUUGCAGCUGGAUUUGGCCUAUUUGACUAUGCUGGUCAGUGGUCACAGACGUGAGCCAUUUGACCACAUACACACAUUCAGUGCACCUGCUGGUCAUGGAAGCAUAUUUUCGUUGUCGUAAUGUCCACACUCAUACGCAUGCCUCCUUACCUUAUCAAUAUAAGUACGCCCUCCACUGCUUCCAUUGUAGCUACUCUAACACUCAUCAAAGUACUCUCACCAAACCAUUCUUUUCCAUUAAAAUGUCGGAUUCCGUUGAUCUACAAGUCACUCAUGUAGCUCUCCUUCCAAGUGCCGGCAUGGGCCAUCUCACGCCCUUCCUUCGACUUGCUGCUUUACUCACGGCGCACAAUGUCCAUGUCACCUUCAUCACUCCUAGUCCAACUGUCUCACUUGCAGAAUCACAGAGCUUGUCUCACUUAUUCACUACCUUUCCACAAAUUACUCAAAAGCAUCUUCAUCUCCUUCCACUUGAUCAGCCCUCUGCCAAUUCAGAAGACCCUUUUUACUACCAUUUCGAACUAAUUCGCCGUUCUUCUCACCUACUCCCCUCUCUUCUAUCUUCGCUCUGUCCACCUCUCUCUGCUAUAAUCACAGACAUGAGCUUGGCCUCCACAGUUAUCCCUUUAACUGAUUCUCUUGGACUUCCUAACUACAUUUUCUUCACAUCAUCUGCCAAAAUGUUGACAUUUUAUGUAUCCUUCCACACUAUGCUUGGUCCAAAUCAUGAGAUAGAAGACCACACAAAAGUUUCAGGUUUAGAACAAAUACCAAAAGCAUGGAUUCCUCCACCACUUCUACAGGGCGGUAAUAAUCUUCUGAAGACCUUUUUCUUAGAGAAUGGUAAGAAGAUGACAGAAUCAAGUGGAAUUUUGGUAAACACAUAUGAAAGUAUAGAGCGUGAGACUCUGGCAGCACUAAAUGAGGGCAAAGUAUUGAGAAAGCUACCAUCAGUGAUUGCCAUUGGGCCACUUGCACCAUGCAUCUUUGAGGAAAGUCAACAACUGGCAUGGCUUGAUGAUCAACCAACUGGGUCAGUGCUCUAUGUUAGCUUUGGAAGUAGGACUGCCAUGUCAAGGGACCAAAUCAGAGAGUUGGGUGAUGGCUUGGUGAGGAGUGGUUGUAGGUUUCUGUGGGUUGUUAAGGACAAGAAAGUUGACGUGGGAGACGACAAGAAGCUGAUUGAGGUGCUUGGACAGGGAUUACUGGAAAGGGUUAAGAAAAAUGGAUUUGCAGUGAAGAACUGGCUCAACCAACAGGAGAUAUUGAGCCAUCCAGCAAUUGGUGGGUUUUUAAGCCACUGUGGCUGGAACUCCUUGACUGAGGCUCUCUGGAACGGUGUGCGAAUAUUAGCAUGGCCGCAACAUGGGGACCAGAAAAUCAAUGCAGAUUUGGUGGAGAGAAUUGGACUGGGAACGUGGGAUAAGAGUUGGGGUUGGGGUGAGGGGGAGAUGUUAGUGAAAGCACAGGACAUUGCAGAGAGGGUUAGAGAGAUAAUGGGAAACAAGUUGCUGAGAUUGCAAACUGACCACAUUAGAGAAGAGGCCAGAAUGGCUGUUGGAGAUGGUGGUAGUUCUACAAAGAGACUUUAUGCUCUCAUCGAGAUAUGGAAGAGGGUUCAGGUAGUAUGAUAGUUAAAACCUUCAUUUUCCGAACCCAUCUGCGUUGGGAAAUUCCUAGAUGAAAACAGCACUGAGAUCAGAUUAGAAACAAAGAUGUAUUCAGUUGAGACAAAUCACAUAUAGGUCAAACCACAAUCUCAUAAUAUUUGAAACCACUGUUAGGUUACAUCAAACUAUAAUAAUAGAACAAAAAUAACUUCUGCGUUUAUUA